UUCGGUCACACGGGGCCGACCGUGGGCUUCGGAAGGAGGAUGGAAGCGGAUUCCAGGCAUAGAGAUCUAUACAAAAGCCGCCCUGCUCCCUGGAAGGAGACGUACAGGAAGAAGUGCAUAGAAAGACUAAAGAAUAGCAGAGCAAAACUGUUAGACAGGUACAGGCAUGUAGGUGAGAAUUCCAACUGCAGCCUGAAUGGAUCCUUCCUCGUUCAAGAGGUGAUGGAUGAAGAAUGGAGAGCCUUGAAAGCCCGAGAUGAUGAUUUUCAAUCAUUGUGGAAAAAGGGAAGUUUAACAGAGGUUCUUAAUACACUGGAGGAUAUAAAUGAAUUGGCAGAACUUGAGAAAAUUCAACAAGACCUCCUCAGCGAAGAACAAGCCAUUAUUGAGGAGUAUGAGGCCAGCUUACGUUUCGAUGAAGCCUGUUUAAAUGCCAUGAUUGACGGAUUUGAUGUUCCAAACAGAAUCAUUUGUCCAUUAUGUAACAGGAACUACUUAAACGUGAGCAAUGACUUUAUUACAUGUCCAUGUGGAAUGUACAUUACUGCAAGGGAGGUAACAGUGCAGCAGUUUCGAGCUCUUCUGGAAUACAGUGUCACAGAACAUAGCACUCUAUGUGCACAUUGUCCAAGCUUCUCUGUGGUGAAUGGUAUAGAAGCAGAGCCCACACUUCUCAUGAGCUGUCAGGCUUGUGAUUACCUGUCAGUUAUCCUGUAAUUACCCAGAUACUUCCAGGAUUUCUUCCAAGAAUGGCGAAGAAUUCUAGUUCUCAGGGGUUUAAAUCGACUGAACAAGAAUAACCUCUGAUUUGUUGUGGGGCACUUUGUGCAUUCUGUAUUCUACCUCCUAAUUUACUGAAGGUUUUUUUCUGUGUUUGUAUAUACCACCAAUAAGUAGUAUUUGGGUUGUUUUCAGUGAAAUUCUUCAAUUAUUAAAAAAAUGACAAAAAAAACCACUAAGGAC